GCGCUAGCCCGGAGUAAGGCGAGGGGAGCGAAUCACUGCCCCAGAAUCAAGACAUUGUGGAGAAGCUGAGCUCUUAUUUUAAACCCGCCCUCCGGAGAGAUCUCAUUUCCCCAAAACCUCCCAUUUUCUCUCUCUCUCUCUCUCCUUCUGUCCCUCUCUUGUCCUUCUUUUUCUUUACCUAUGUUUCCCGUCUUUCGCUUUAGCCCCCACUCUAGAACCAUGGAUCUCACAACGAGAUGUUUGUUUCUUCUAUCCUGCGUUCGCAUGAUUUCAGCAAUCGAUUUGGAAGCAAUUGAACCAAGCUACUAUGUAGAGCCCGCUACCUCCUCAGACGUGAUCGACUACAAGGAUCCAUGUAAAGCUGUUGCCUUUCUAGGAGACAUUGCCCUGGAUGAGGAGGACAUGCGCAUGUUCAAGGUGGACCGGAUAGUGGACCUGGCUCGUCACACUGUCCAGACCUUCAAUCACACCGACGCAGGAUCGCCUCCCAAUCAAAACGGAGCUGUGUCCAACCGGGGUACACACCGUAGGAAAAGGGCGGCGACCUCCAGACCUGAGAGGGUGUGGCCAGAGGGGGUCAUACCGUACGUCAUCAGUGGAAACUUCAGUGGCAACCAGCGGGCCAUCUUUCGGCAGGCUAUGCGUCACUGGGAGAAGCACACCUGUGUGACCUUCAUUGAGCGCACGCAGGAGGAGAGCUACAUUGUGUUCACCUACCGGCCGUGUGGGUGUUGCUCCUACGUGGGCCGGAGGGGAGGGGGGCCCCAGGCCAUCUCCAUAGGGAAGAACUGUGACAAGUUUGGGAUCGUGGUGCACGAGCUGGGCCACGUGAUUGGCUUCUGGCACGAGCACACGAGGCCCGACAGAGACGACCACGUCAGCAUCAUCAAGGACAACAUCCAGCCAGGCCAAGAGUAUAACUUCUUGAAGAUGGAGCCAGGGGAGGUGGACUCUCUGGGAGAAGUUUACGACUUUGACAGCAUUAUGCACUAUGCCAGGAACACGUUCUCCAGAGGCAUCUUCCUGGAUACCAUCCUGCCCCGCUACGACGUCAACGGAAUAAGACCUCCCAUUGGCCAGAGGACCCGACUGAGCAAAGGGGAUAUUGCACAGGCUCGCAAACUAUACAAGUGCUCCAGAUGUGGGGACAGUUUGCAGGAGAGCAGUGGAAACUUUUCCUCGCCAGGCUUCCCGAACGGUUACUCAGCGUACAUGCACUGCAUCUGGAGGAUCUCUGUCACUCCUGGAGAAAAGAUCAUUCUGAACUUCACCUCCAUGGAUCUAUACAGGAGCCAUCUGUGCUGGUAUGACCACGUCGAGAUCAGAGAUGGCUACUGGAGGAAGGCGCCUCUGAAAGGUCGUUUCUGUGGCGACAAGCUGCCAGAGCCAAUCAUCUCCACCGACAGCCGCCUGUGGAUAGAGUUCCGCAGCAGCAGCAACUGGGUGGGGAAGGGCUUCUCUGCCGUGUACGAAGCUAUCUGUGGUGGAGAGGUGAAGAGGGACAAUGGGCAGAUCCAGUCCCCCAACUACCCUGACGACUACCGGCCCAACAAGGUGUGCAUCUGGAAGAUCUCUGUGGCUCAGGGUUACCACGUGGGACUCACCUUCCAGUCGUUUGAGAUCGAGAGGCACGACAGCUGUGCGUACGACUACCUGGAGGUGCGUGACGGCCACUCUGAGAACAGCCCCCUGCUGGGCCGCUUCUGCGGCUAUGACAAGCCCGACGACAUCAAGACCAGCUCCAACCAGCUGUGGAUGAAGUUUGUGUCUGACGGCUCGGUCAACAAGGCUGGCUUCGCCGCUAACUUCUUCAAAGAGAUGGACGAGUGCUCCAAGCCGGACAACGGUCGCUGUGAGCAACGCUGUGUCAACACUCUGGGAAGCUACAAGUGUGCCUGUGACCCGGGCUACGAGCUGGCCGCCGACAAGCGCAGCUGCGAGGCUGCCUGUGGAGGCUUCAUCACCAAGCUGAACGGCUCCAUCACCAGCCCCGGGUGGCCCAGGGAGUACCCCCCCAACAAGAACUGCAUCUGGCAGCUGGUCGCCCCCACUCAGUACCGCAUCACGCUGCUCUUCGACGUCUUCGAGACGGAGGGCAAUGACGUGUGUAAGUACGACUACGUGGAGGUGCGCAGCGGCCUCUCCGCAGACUCCAGGCUGCACGGGAAGUUCUGCGGAGCCGAGAAGCCCGAGACCAUCACCUCCCAGUACAACAACAUGAGGAUCGAGUUCAAGUCCGACAACACCGUGUCGAAGAAAGGCUUCAAAGCUCAGUUCUUCUCAGACAAAGACGAGUGCUCGAAGGAGAACGGGGGCUGCCAGCAUGAGUGCGUCAACACGUUCGGCAGCUACAGCUGCCAGUGCAGGAGCGGUUUCGUGCUUCACGAGAACAAACACGACUGCAAAGAAGCAGGCUGUGACCACACCGUGAACAGUGUGGCUGGCACCAUCACCAGCCCCAACUGGCCAGACAAAUACCCCAGCAAGAAGGCCUGCACCUGGGCUCUCUCUACAACGCCCGGCCACCGCAUCAAAAUUGCUUUCAACGAGAUCGACAUGGAGGCUCACCUGGAGUGCGCUUAUGACCACAUCGAGAUCUACGACGGGCGCGACGGCAAGGCGCCCAGCCUGGGGCGCUACUGCGGCACCAAGAAGCCCCCGCCCGUCAUGUCCAGCUCCAACAAGAUGUUCAUCCGCUUCUUCUCCGACAACUCGGUGCAGAAGAAGGGCUUCGAGGCCUCGCACACCGCAGAAUGCGGAGGUCGUCUGAAGGCUGAGGUCAAGACCAAAGACCUGUUCUCCCAUGCCCAGUUCGGAGACAACAACUACCCCGGAGCGUCUGACUGUCAGUGGGUGAUCGCGGCGGAGAAGGGCUACGGCGUGGAGCUCAUCUUCCAGACCUUCGAGAUCGAGGAGGAGGCCGACUGCGGCUACGACUACAUGGAGCUAUUUGACGGCGCUGAUACCAAGUCCCCCAGACUGGGACGCUACUGUGGCUCUGGGCCUCCAGAGGAGAUCUACUCGGCCGGCGACUCCAUUGUCAUCAAGUUCCGCUCCGACGACACGAUCAACAAGAAGGGCUUCCACGUCCGCUACACCAGCACCAAGUUCCAGGACACACUGCACUCGCGCAAGUGACCCGCGGGGGUCGCGCGGGGUCGCGCGGGGCAGAAGGGCAGACGGAGGGGCCCUCAGGGCUGGCGCCAGCCUAAUGCUCGGAGACCUUCGGCCACCAAGAUGACUCAGAAACGACCGAACAGCCGCAAGACAAGCCGUGCCCAGGGACUCCAGCUCCCCCCUCAGACUGUGAGGAGUAAAGCCAUUCUGCAGUAAACCUUGUUUUUACCUUUUUUUGUAUGGUUAGGAUCCGGGU